UGAAAGAAUGGCGGAAGAAUUUUCAACGCACUCGCAAGCGAACUCCACGAAGAAACGACCUUCGAAGAGCGACAAAUUGUGCCUUGAGGAUUAUCUUCACCUCCUUCAAUCUCGUCAAACGCUUCACCUCACCAUGAAUCAGCUCAAUCAGGUCAUCCGUAUUCACGGAUUCAAGAAAAUCCACCACGCGCCUAAGAAGGUGUUGGUGGACGCCGUGGAGUCGCUGGAUCUGGUGGAUCUGCCGCGGUCGACGCUGCGCGAGAGUGUGACGGCGUUCGCGGCGGUGGCGCUGGAGGACGUGGUGGCGGAUCUCGGCGAGCUCAACUGGCAGGAGUGCUGCGUCACCUCCGUCGAGAAGGUGAGUUUCGGCGACGGCCAGAGCGCGUUCCCUGCUUCCUCCGAUCAGAGCCUCCGCGUGAUGAGCCACACGCAAUCGCAGGCUCAGAGAUCAAAGAGGAUCGACGAAAUCCGUGACCUAAUCCCGGAGGCUUUCAGGAGAAGCCUGAAAGCCGCGAAAAUGGUGCCAAAGCGUAAGAGGAGCAGCGUUCCCGCUCUCGACUCCGUUGCCUCAAACGUGGAUUCCGCUUCUCUCGCUUCAUGCUGAACGAAUGAUUGACCUUUGGUUCCUUCUAUCACUCUCUAUCUCUUUUCCGUUAUAAUAUGAAAAAAUGUUAGUGUUUUCAACGCUUUAUACCAUUUAAAUUGAAAUUGGACUAUAUAUGACUAAGUAAAAUGGUACAUAGGAGAGUGGAGAUGAUAUGGUAUGAUACUUCAUAUCAAUGUUAUUGGUUCAGUGAGCCCCUAAAUCAGGAGAUUCUCAAGGGUUUUUCGUGUUUUAGUUACAAUCAUCAUUCUGACCCCAAAUGUGUUUCAAGAAAAUGGCAUGUGUUUUCCCUUUGAAUUAGACUCCCAUAGUUUUCCUCACUGGCCUCUUUACUUUAUUUGCUUUCUAUAUUCCACAUUUUAUGGUAACAUAAGUAGUAACGAUUGGAAGUGAAAAUAGUAUGCAAGUAUGAGCCGAUAAUUAUAGCAGUGUCUUCUUUUGUUGUUACAGCAACGUUCAUUGGAAUGGAACAAGAAAUAGACUGAAACAGGACUGCUUAGAGAAUCCUCCACGGGCAGGAGGUAAAGCUUAGGGAUGAAAUAGUCCAUCUC